AUGUCGGAGCACGCCAAGGAGGUGCCAGCAUCGCAUGACUUGGAGAAGAUCAGGAGCGGCGUGCGAUUCUUGAGCCAUCCUGACGUCCAGGCAACACCUCUUUCCGAGCGCUUGGCAUUCUUGGAGAAAAAAGGCUUGUCCAGGGCAGAGAUUAACGCUGCAAUAGAGCAGCACCACCAAGCGACCCCCCUCGCGGCACCCGGACCACCCCAGUCCAUGCUGUCCUUCGCGUGGUCCUUCUUAUUCCCAGUGAUAAGUACGGCCACGUUGAUGGGUGUUCUGUGGAGGUUCCUGCGCAACGACGACGUGUCAAGUGAUGGCAGCGACGCCGUGGUACCCCAACCAGCCAAAUCGCCACUGGAGCUUGCUCUGGAAGCUCAGACGGACGAACUUCGCAAAGUUGUCCAGCUCCUCCAAGACGAGACCAAGUCUCGUCGGGUGCAGUCUGUCGAACAAAUCGAGCACGCGCGUGAGAUUGCGAAACUCCAAGCUGAAAUCGCAGCCUUGAAGGUGAAGCUAAGUCACUUGGACGACACCAAGGAGGUCUCGCAGGGGGGUGCGAGCAAUGCUGCCCAAACGACAGCGACCUCAACCGAUAUCACGUCACGUGAUGCGCAUGAUAGCGCCACCGAAUUCCACGAGCAGGUUCAAAAGCUGCUGGACGCCUUGGACCUUGUCGCGCGCGACAAUUCCACCGAUGUUAUCAAGCAAGCUGGAGCGGUGCUGCUCAUGUACACGAAGAAUUUGGUCGAGCAUCCUGAAGUCCCUCGCUACCGCCGCAUUGCGACUGGAAAUGCGAAUUUCAAGCAAAAGAUCGAGCGGCUUGUGCAUUACGACGUCCUGCUCACGAGCAUUGGGUUUGAGAAAGCAGGCAUGAACUUUGAGUGGAAGUGGCACGCGGCGCCUGCCUUGGACAAGUUUGUCGACAUUUUGAAAGCUGCAAGCCAUGCGUUCGAGAAUGCCAUGUCACCGACGCCAUCGUCCGAUUCGUUGGCCGAGUGUGCGCGCCGACAGCUGCUCAAUAGUGUCCAGCCAAGCGGUCCACAGCCCCCGUCCCCAGUCGUGCAAGACUCCACUACAGACUCUCCCCCGAGCAACUUGGCGACAUUUCUCAACAAGUUGAAGGGCCAGGACGAAUGUACGAGCGCACGGACGGCACAGCCAGAACCAACGUACCCCGCGUCGUUCACGGAGGUUGUGAACUUGAUCAAGAAGGGAGACCCGUAA